GCUCCCGAUCCAGAUCCCUCCCGUCACCGCCACCCACCCCUCCCCACCUCAUAUCCUCUCCCCUCUCCCCACUCUCAGGUCCAACUGGCCCGAGAUGGAGGCCGUCGUGGACAUGGUCGCCACCACCGACCGCGAGUGGGGGUCCUGGUCCUCUCCCUUGUCCUCCUCGGCGGCGGCAUCUGGCUGAGCCACCGGGCCGCCACCACCGACUGCUAGCGGUUCCUGGAGCGGCCGGCCAUCACGCUGGAGGCGCCGCUCCUAGCGCUCUCCCUCGCGGGGCUCGCGGGGUCCCUCUGCCGCGUCUUCAUCGUCUUCUCCUUCGUCGUCACCAACCGCGUCCGGACCUCCCCCAAAGGCGAAUCGGCGAUGAGUUCCACCAGAGGCGUCGCUGGCCGCGGCAAGGCGAAGGCGACCAAGUCGGUGUCGCGGUCGUCCAAGGCCGGGCUCUAGUUCCCCGUCGGCGGCAUCGCGCUACCUCAAGGCCGGCAAGUACGCCGAGCGCGACGCCGACUUCCUUGUCUCUACUUCCCCUUCCCCUUCCCCGGUCCCGAUCCUCUCUCUACUUCCUUAUCUAAUCCCCUUUUUUUGGGUUGGAUUUGAACUGGCAGGCGACCUCCAUGGACGAUAUCGACAAGAUGACGAGGACGAGGAGGAGGACGACCAGGAUCUGCGUUCCCCCCUGAGAAAAUCGACGCUAGAUAUCCUCUGCUUCUGUCUGAUUGACCUCUGGCGGCGUCCGGCGGGAGUUCUUGGGCGGAGGAGGGAGCUUGGGUUCCGUCCAUCUGUUCGAUCCGAUGGGGGACGUGUCCACGAUUCAACGCCCAUCCGACAUUGUCCCCAAGGGUGAUCAGGUUGGGGGGCUGGUGUCGGCCGUAUGGACCAACGACACCCACAACAUGUACAUCAGCUCCAUGGAGGCGUCCUUCAUGCAGCAGCUCUAUGGCCAGCAGCAGCACCACCACCACGCCACUCCCGACAAGAGCAUGAUCCAUGUGGGUAGUGGCCAUGGGCUCAAGGUGCUCCAAGAGGGAGCGUUUGAUAACCCCAGGUCUGAGAAGAACGUGCCUCGCCUGCGUGAUGUUGGUGCACGAGGCCUGCCCGAGGAUCCGUGGGCGAGGCGUUUCAAGCCACGCGAUUCCGCUAUGAAUCGUCGUGGUGAUGGGGUUGGUUCUUCCGAUGGUGAAUCGGGCACCAAUCAGUUCAAGUGAUGGCUCCGAAGCAUGGAAGAGGAGUGAGCACUUGCGUCGGAGGAAAUCAUGUUGACAGAACCUCAAGUUGUUACACUUUUCAUCUUGUUUGCUGAUUGUUUCCUUCAGUGUAUGUUUUGUUCAGUUUGACAGAAGUUUAGAAUUGUUAUGCGGUGUUGGCUGGCUGUUAGUCUGAUAUUAAUUCAGAAGCAUUGAUUUUCCUUGGUAUAUGUUGUGUUCAGUUCUAGCAGAAGUUCAGAACUGUUAUGCGGUGUUGGCUGUUAGUGUGAUAUGAAUCUAUAAGUGUUGAUUUUCCUUGGUA